GCGUCUUGGGCGCGGAUGGGUGGUCGCGUCGUUAACAUUGACGAGUUAUUUGUUGAUAUUCUAUUGUGAUAGUACCGCAAACCAAUUUCAGAUUGAGGGCUUGCAGUUGCGCGGCGCUGUUAGCUAUUCUAUGCCGUCUCCCCGUGCCUGCCUCGCUCCGUGAAUGGCUGCCAGCGUAGCUGCUGCGCUGGAAUCGUGAUUUCUCCGUUUGGAAAUCUACCUAUUGGUAUAUAUUGUACGCUAGGCAAGAUGAGGCCUAAAAUGAUGAGAAGAGGCAAAAAUGACGACAAUGAAGAGGCAGGAAAGAUGUUUGUUGGUGGUCUCAGUUGGGAGACAACUCAGGACACGAUGCUGGCGUACUUCAGCCACUGGGGCGAGGUGGUCGACUGCGUCGUCAUGAAGAACAACGAGACGGGGCGGUCGCGCGGCUUCGGCUUUGUCACGUUCGCCGACCCGGAGAACGUGCAGCGCGUGCUGGCCGAGGGACCUCAUGAGCUGGACGGACGCACGAUCGAUCCGAAGGCAUGCAACCCGCGCUCACUGCAGAACAAACUGCGCAUGCGCAGCCAGACGUACCCGAAGGUCUUCCUGGGCGGCCUUCCUCCGAGUGUGACCGAGACGGAUCUGCGCAACUUCUUCGGCCAUUUCGGCCAUGUCAUGGAGGUGGUGAUCAUGUACGACCAGGAGAAGCGCAAGUCGCGAGGGUUUGGUUUUCUGUCGUUCGAGCACGAGGAUGCCGUGGAGAGAGUGUUGUCCAAGCACUACGUCAACAUAUGCGGCAAACAGGUGGAGGUCAAGCUGGCGGAGCCGCGUGAGGCCAACAAGCAGGACGGCCAGCCGAUGCAGAUCACGCCGGGGGACACCUGGCGGCCGCCGCAGGAACCUGCCCACUGGGGCAUGCCCGGCGUGCCGGUGAGACCGCGCGCGGACCCCGCUGCACACUGGGGCAUGCCGCAGCAGCUGGCGGCGGGCGGACACGGCGUGGCGCCCAUGCCGGCCGGCGGUAUGCCGUCGGUGAUGCAGUGGAGCCAGCAGCAGCAGCCGUUCCCGCAGCAGCAGUUCGCGCCGCCGGCGGCCGGACCGCCUCAGGGCUAUCCUGCGGGCUGGGCGCCGCCGCAGGGCGGCUGGGCCACCUACGGCCAGCCGCCGCCGCACCAGUACUCGCAGUUCCCGCCGCAGACGGCGGCGCCGGCGCCCGUGCUGGCCGCGCAAAAGCAGCCCGACUACGCCGGCUGGCAGCAGCAGUACGGCCUGAACGCCGGCUUCGCGCCCGAGUACGCCGGCGCCCGGCCCGUGCAGGCGGCGCCGCAGCACCAGGAGAUGGCCGCGCCCGGCCCGCAGAUGCAGGGGUACGCCAGCUACCCGGGCAGUAUGAGCGAGGUCAUCAACUACGGCCAGCCAGGCGGGCCGGGCCCGCAGCGCGGCGGCAACUACAACCAGCCGGUGCAGGCGCAGCUGUACCACCCGUACCGGCACAGUCCGUACGCCGCGCGCCGGUAGGGCUUCCGCGGCCGAGAGAGAGAGAGCGAGAGCGAGCGCGAGCGGCCGAGCGAGGGGUGCGGCGCGGGCGUGCGUGCGGGGGUGUCUGGUCGGGGGCAGGGUCAGCAGCAGUGUGCCGAAUACAGUCUGGAUUCGAGUACAAAGGUUAGUGAAGCUAAUUCGGUGAUAUCUUAGCAUUCGACUGACCGUUAAUUGAAUACAGACUGUCAAUACCAGGGCAUUGGCGAGCGAGGCGUUUUUAUACAAGGCUUUCGCGGGUGAGGCGCGCUGCAGCGGAUGUUCGAAGUGGUUUUCUACCGGUGUCGGUACACUCGCCGUUUUGGGUUUUUCCACGCAAGCGCUGAUACUGCACUCAAAUUUGUUGUCUUGUUGAUUCGAUUUAUACUGCGUCGGGCGUGCUUGGACGAGUGGCUGUAGCGGCGGCACCGAGACGUUUUGUUCCGUUUUAUCUAGCACGAAGUUAUUUUGAAUGGACAUUGUGUAUAUAGGUGCUGCUAGGAGCGACCAACUGUGAGCAUUGUCCAACUGCGCGAGACGACGAAUAAAAGUGAGAAGACCGGC